AUUGAGGAAAGACCACGCACACACACACACACACACACACACACACACACACACAGCAUUAGUUCAGACGUGUUUCAGACAUUAUAAGAGUUACUAGGAUUCAAGUGAAUUGAUGAAGAAAAUGUUUCUCAGAUUAGUUUUGUUCAGUUUGUGGCGUCUGCUUGGUGUGUUUGCUGGUUUAGAUGAAGUGAAGUCAGUGUCAGUGCUGGAGGGAGAUUCAGUCACUCUAGACUCUGGUUUUACUGAAAUGAUGGAUGAUGAUAUGAUUCUGUGGAGGUUUGGAUCUGAAAACACUUUAAUAGCUCAAAUUGAUAUACUGGCAGGCAGCAUUAUUCUAUAUGAUGAUGUUCUUGAUGAAAGAUUCAGAGACAGACUGAAGCUGGAUUAUCAAACUGGAUCUCUGAUCAUCACAAACACCAGAACUGAACACACUGGACUCUAUCAACUACAGAUCAACAGUGUGAGCAAGAGUUUCAGUCUCACUGUCCACGCUCAUCUGCCUGUUCCUGUCAUCAGCAGAGACUGUUCUUCAUCAUCAUCUUCAUCUUCAUCACAGCAGAAUUGUUCAUUGUUGUGUUCAGUGGUGAAUGUGGGUCAUGUGACUCUCUCCUGGUACAAAGGAAACAGUUUAUUGUCCAGCAUCAGUGUGUCUGAUCUCAGCAUCAGUCUCUCUCUACCUCUGGAGGUGGAAUAUCAGGAGAAAAACAGCUACAGCUGUGUGAUCAACAAUCCCAUCAGAAACCAGACCACACAUCUGGACAUCAGCAAACUCUGUCACACAUGUUCAGAGGUUCAUCUCAGUUGUUGUGAUACAGUUGAAGCUGCGAUGCGAUUGGUCGUCACUGCUCUGGUGGGCGUGGCUUCUGCAGCUGCUGCUGUUCUUCUGAUAAAUGACAUCAGAUCUGCUAGAGGUUAAAAGAAGAAAACAGAGCAGAUAUCAAAU